AUGCGUUUAAACAGACUGAGCGAUAAAGCGGAGGAAAACGAGGAAUGUGGGGCAGCUACCACGCUGCUGAAGCGCUUGAAUCAUGUCGGCGAGCCCAGAGAUCGAGGAGCAUGCGAUGCCAUGAAGAACAAUCCCAUGACCUUUUUCCUGGAAUACCUGCGGAAGGAAUUGGCUGAGCCCCCGAAGGAUGACGCUACCACGCUGCUGAAGCGCUUGAAUCAUGUCGGCGAGCUCGGAGGUCGAGGAGCAAAUGAUGCUAUGAGGAAUAAUCCCAAGACAUUUUUAAUGGAAUGGCAGCGGAAGGAAUUGGCUGAGCCCCCGAAGGAUGACGCUGCAGAGGAUGACGCGAGGAUCUGUUGUGGAGUGGAAAUGUCAUCGCGUGAAGGUCACUUCCAAGUAUAUAAGCUCCAGCCGCUAUUCCCAUUCACACAGCAACCACAUCGAAGGAAGCAACUGACCUGCACCCUUUGCGAGCUUCUCAGUCGUCGAAAGGUGAGCUUCUUCCAGUGGGAGAAGAAAAUGAAGGUCCAGCUGGCAACGACAAUCUUGGCAACGAUGCUCAUCCUUGCCGCUUUGUGGGAGAGUGUUGAUGCCGGGGGAUGCGAGGAAUCAAAAAAUCGACUGGAUUAA